AUGUAUAGACAAAUACGUGUUCAUCCGCAGCAUUCGCCGCUUCAAAGAAUUGUAUUUCGUGAUUCGAUUACCAAACAGGUCCAAGAUUAUGAGCUGCAAACUGUGACCUUUGGUGUAAAUUGUGCACCAUAUUUAGCAAUUCGUACGCUUUUACAACUGGCAGAUGAUUCAGAGAACGAAUUUCCUCUCGCUGCGCAUAUUUUCGAAAAAUGUAUGUAUGUUGAUGACGUUUUAGCAGGAGCUCACGACCUCGAAACUGCAUUGGCAGCUAGGGACCAGUUGAUAAUCGCACUUUCCUCUGCAAAAUUUGAACUUAGAAAAUGGACCGCCAAUGACAAAACUAUUUUGGCUCGUUUCCCCCCUGAACAUUUGGUUGACGCUCAAUUGUUAUCGUUUGUUGAAGCUAGUAGUUCCAAACCCCUGGGCAUUAGGUGGAAUGCGCGUUUAGAUUGUUUCUACUUUGAAGUCUGUUCAAUUGGUGACAAACAAAAAUAUUCUAAGAGGGAAGUACUUUCGGCUAUAGCGAAGCUGUUCGAUCCCGUUGGUUGGCUAGCCCCAGUUAUUGUUACGGCGAAAAUGAUUAUGCAGAAGGUUUGGUUAGACAACAUUGGUUGGGAUGAUUCGCUUUUGGCGGCUACUGAGGCCGAAUGGAAAAGUAUGUCCGCAAAAGUCUACACUGAGGAAGAACUUUUGAACGUUGAUGACGGUACGGAGACUGUUGGACCUCGUCCGAGCAAACCCCAUUGUGGAAUGUCAUCGGCUGCAGUGGAAGCAGCUCUAGUUGAGACAAUAGCGGCUGUACAAAUCUCAGAGCCUGGGUCCGAGUCUAUUGCCAUGGAUUCAUAUGUGGCCCUCGCAUCUGCGGUUACACCCAUGCAAACCGAGUCCGAAUCCAUAUCUGUGGGUUCAUCUGCGGCUCCGAUCCCUGUGUAUACCCCCCAUAUUGAAACCUCGCGAACCGAGUCCGGAUCUUUGGAUCCAUCUGCGGCUCCGGUUGCCACUUCUCAUUCGGAGGAGUCGGCCUCAAAUUCAAGGUCCGAAUCUACCUUUGAUGAUUCAUCUGCGGCCUCACAUAAAUGUCGCCUUUGUGAUCGCAUGCACCCGCUGGAUAGAUGUAGUGACUUCCGG